AGUAAUACUUGCAUAAAAGUCUCUACACAUGCACUAUUAAAAUUCACAACAUUCAGCCAUUCAGUCAUUGAACAGUGUCUUUGUGUUGUUUAACACAUACCAUAUCCUACUGUAUAUGAGACUAACCAUUAAAACCAACAUCAAUUAAAUUGUGUGCUUCAAUAUCCACAUAUCAUUUCACACAAAAUCAAUCAUAUCAUCAAUAUUUGAGGCCCGUAUUGAGCAGACCGGGAGAGCGCGCGCACCGUUCAAAUGGCAAUGCACCAGGCGUUUGAAAGUAGCCAGGUGUUUUCUAAUACACCCCUACUGGAUAUGGAGGACGAGAAUAGCGGCGAUAUGUCGGUGCCAUUGCCAGAACCGCCGGAACCACUGCCUGAGCCGCCGCUGGUCAUGGCCUACAAGGGUGUGUCCAGUGUUGAGCCCAUCGGUCGGGUGCAGACACUGGUGCACGCGUGCGAGUGCACAGCCACGGGCUCUGGCUGUACGUACCCGUCAUGCGAACUCAUGAAAAAAGUGAUGACACAUUGGUUGGACUGCGAACACAGGGCCACACUGUGCCGGCCCAAGUCGCCCGACGAGCCCCGCUGUCCGCCGUGCGAACAGUUGAUGGAGUUGUGCACAUAUCACGCCCGCCAUUGUCACCGCCCGGCCGGCGACUGUACGGUUCCGCACUGUCUGGACAUUAGACGCGCCCUCCGGGAGGGCCAGCAGCGGGUCUUAACCCAACAGAUCCGGCAAAAGAGAUGGCGCGAAGACAUCGUGAGCCGUUUGUCCGAACAUUUAGCGCAAGUGCAGUCAACCCGUGGUGAUUCACAUGCGGGUAGUGUUGGUGGUGGUAGUGAUGGGUCCGUAUUAUAUAACAUGUCGGACCUGUAGUGCGAUCGCUAUUUUGUAUGUAUUUUCUUAAUGAACGGACGAAUGAAUUAUUUAUAAUUAUUUAAUUAUUUUUUGAACCUAAAUAUAUAUUUUGU